GUGGGGCUCAGUCUGGGUCAGUAGAGUGCCGGACUCGAAUGUGUCAUCAGGUCAAUGUGCUAUACAUUAAAAUCAAGACGUUAUGAAUUCAAAACUAUCAAGAAUUUUGUUCAUUUUCAUUGCCGUUUCUCAUAUCUCGAGAAAUGUAGCUGUCGUUCAUCAUCCACAAACAUAUUCAUCAACAGAUUCGUCUUCAGUUGAUUUGGGACCAGAACCUCCUGAAGGCUAUUAUGCUUUUAUUGAAGCUCCAAGAAUGGAACCACCUCAAGUCCGUUCUCCACCUUAUUUCAAAUCUACCAAAUUGUGUCCAGGGGUCAACAAGAGUCCGACAGCAAAAACAUUGAACAAUUUAUGCGGAGAUCUCAAUAAAGGAUUCUUGCCUGUAAACCCAAUGAAACAAAAUGUUUUAGGAUCACCAUACCCAUUCGACCUUAUGAAAAAUAAAACAUUGGAGUUCUUCAGCAGAACGUUACCUAUACUUAAAGCUGACGAAACUAUACCAAAAGUAGCAAAAUAUGUGCCACCUGAUUCGUAUUAUCAAAGUAGUACAACCCAGAAAUACUUACAAGGGAAACCUUUUCGACGAAGAGCUAAAAAUAAUAAUCAAGUUUCUCUUGAUGACGUAAACAUGGAUGACGAUGAUGAAAUUCCUAUAUCUUCUCAAAAUACAACUAGACAUUCGAGAAAAUUUUGUGAUAGUAGCAAUGGAGUAUUUUGUAUGUUGUACAAAGCAAUACAAGGACAAGCAUUGUCUGGGCUGAUGGCACAACGACGUACAGAACAAUUAGAAUAUAGAACUCGUGAUCCGGCACAUACUUCUGCAGGUAGCUCUAUGGAUGGGCCACCUACUCCCUGUCCGGCUAAAGUAGAAUAUGCUACACCAGUGUUUGCACGUAACUACCAGGGUAUGUGGCGAUAUGUGGUACAAAUACCAUACGAAGGAUAUUUUACCCAAACUGUCGAGGUUACAAAGUGCACUCAAAGCAAAUGUCACUACAUAGAUGGAGGAUGUUUAUCUUCGCCGAGAUGGGUGAGCCUGUUAGUUGCAGAGGUUUAUUAUCCAGAUACGUACUUGCCGUCUGUUUCAAAUAAUCGACGAUUGCCAGUAUCUCCUUCUCCACAAGGUAUAUAUAAGACAAAAGCACAAGGGGAUGAUCCACCUCCAGUUCAAGACUUUCAAAAUUACCAACAGUAUUUACAUAAACGAGCUACUCAAGGUUCAGCAGAUACAUUGCCAUCACAAUCUUCGACUUCAUCAAAGAAAAAACCACCUUGUGAUGGUGUUGACGAGCUUGGAUGUUUUCAGGUGAGACUGUACUAUGACUGGUUUUUAAUUCCGGGUAGUUGUAAAUGUUGGAGGCCAGACUAUUUUUCAAGAUAUGUAAAAAGAAAAUCAUCAUCACCUGAAUUGUAAAAUAGUUUGAUUUAAAUUAUUAAUGUAAAUAUAAAUUUAUCUUUUAAUUGUAUAGUACUAUGACAUAAUAUAUUUUAUCUUGUACUUUAAAAGACUUUUAUCAAGAAGUAGGUAUCAUUAAAAGUGUUAUGACUUAAUGUACUGACUAAAUAUUUUUAAAGAACAUUUUAAUUUAAAAACAAAACCAGAAUACAUU